UGUGGAGUAAGUAAUCUUUCCUUAAUUUUCAGGGGAUUUAAGAAAAAAUUAUCAAUAUGAAGGUUCUUGAACAAGAUCAUACUCGGAACAGGCGACCCAAGUUCUCUCUCGUUUUCAUAUUCAUCUUUUUCUUUGGUCUCGCCGCGUUUUUCUUUUGCCUCGCGUCUGAGUUUCACAAAGCUAAGGUGAAUGGUUUUGCAAAGUUUACUUGUUACUCAAGUUAUUCAUUUUAUGUUCUAAGAACACAAGAAUCUGGUAAAUAUAUAUUUUUUUAGGGGAAAGAUCUGAAAUGGGAUGGAGAAUCGUGUUAUCUACCCGGACGUCAUGCUUUCGGGUUAGGAACCGCCGCUCUGGUAUGUGUUUCAGUUGCUCAAAUAAUCGGAAACGUUGUGAUCUGCAGAGGUUUCUUGAAAACAGAGGAAACGGAAACGUCGUCGUUUUGUAUAUUACUUAUGUUGUUUUCUUGGGCUAAUUUUGCGGUUGCGGUUACGUUAAUAAGCGUUGGGGUAAGCAUGAACAGAGAGCAGAGAUACGGCAAAGGAUGGCUAAACGGUGAGUGUUACCUUGUGAAAGACGGUGUGUUCGCAGCGUCCGGCGUUCUGUGCGUUACAACGCUGGGUGCGGUUCUCGGAGCGUUUGCAUCCAACGUCAAACCAUCAUUACAGGUUGAGACUCAAAACAAAAGUCAUACCCACAAUGUAUAGUAGUUUUUUUUUUUUUUGCCCCUUUUAACUCCGUAACUUAACUAGACAACAAAGAAAUUAGAUCAAAUGAGAAGACAAAAUCUUGAUCAUUGAUAUUCAUAUAUUAGAUACUAAUUAGAUUGGGUAGUACACUGUGAAACAUAAUUUUUUAUGUGUCGAUCAUUGAUUACUUUAAUGAUAAAAAU